AUGGCAAACCCACACGAGCAGCGGGAGGACCCCUUCAGGGAAAAGAUGUUUGACUCUCCCCGCGCAACUACCGUGCCGCAGGCAGAUGUAGCAGGACAGACCAUGAUCACUCCUUUUGCCGAACCACAAACAACGUACACCACUUCAGAGCAGCCGGAACGAUCUGGACAGCCACAGGGUCACACGACCUCUAAUCAGAUGUUCAACCUGCAACAGCCUUUCUACGAGAGCCCCAAAUCCCCUGGUUUAUCAGGGCCGUUACCUCCACAGCCUCCAUUAUCGCUCACCAUGGAAAAAUUUGUGCCAGGGACGGGGGAACAGACACAAGAGCAGCGACAGGAACAGCCGAAGUCAAACUCCAGGUUUUGGACUAUUGAAUUUUACCAGCGCUUCUUUGAUGUUGACACCCGUCUCGUACUCCUUCGAAUGAGUAACGUCUUGGUGCCUGUCAAUGCGCCAGACUUUUUGAUGCACCGUGAAUGGCGCAACGACGCCUUACAAACUCCCUCAUAUGAAUUCCAAGAGGCAGAUGUUACGUUGUCGCAAAAACCCGACUUGUACGGUCCCUUCUGGAUCUGCACCACCCUGUGGAUGGCAUUGGGUGUUGUCAGCAACGUUAUGAGUAGAAUUGCGUUUGGGCAUCAGCCCUCUGAUGACAAGAAAAAAUGGGAGUAUGAUUUCACGAUGGCAUCCAUUGCCUCUGUCGUUAUCUACAGCUACUGCUUUGGACUGGGCUGUGUUGUGUGGGGAGUGAUGAAAUAUAAGGAGCUACCGGUGACAUUGCUGGAAACGUUGUGUCUCUACGGGUAUAGCAUGUUUUUAUUUCUGCCUGUGACGAUUCUCUGCGCGAUUCCGGUGUCUGCACUCCAGUGGGUUAUUGUGAUGGUGGGCGGGGUGUGGUCAACGGCAUUUUUGCUCAUUAACUUUUGGCGUCUUUGGGAGGCGACGCUGAAUCGCGUGUGGUUUUUGGGCAUCGUGACGGUCGUCAGUGUGUUCCAUAUGUUGCUGACGAUGUCUUUCAAGUUUUAUUUUCUGAAUUACAAAUUUUAG